AGAUAAAAAUAUAUAUUAAUAUUGACAUAUAAUAUAUUAUUAUGUCAAUAUUAGAUCCGUUUACUUGUGGCUUUGCAAAGUCAAUAGUUUUUCUAAUUUUAAAAAAAAAGAGAGCAGAGAAAAAAAGAUUGAAUGAAAAUAUAAUCUUAUAUAAACAUAAAAUUAGACAACAACAGUAUGAUGAAUAUAAUACAUUUUUUAACCUCAAACAAUUCAAUAUAGAUUAUAUUCAAUUCUCUAAAAAUUUUCCUAAAAUUAUUCUUCAUAUGAAAAUACUUGGGAAAAAUAAAUUAGUUAAGAAUAAUGUAAUGAAGACAUUUUCCAAAAAGAAAUGGUUGAAUCUUAGUCAGGAAAUUAAAGAAAACCAUUCACUUGUAAAUUGUUUAGAAUGCAGAAAUGAUUUGAUAUUGAAAAAAUCUUUGGGUUUGUACCCUAUUAAAGGAUUGAUACAAAAAAUCAAAGCAAAAAAAGGUGGAUUAUUAAAAAAGACCAUCGGUUUUAGAAAUAAAAUAAUAAACAAGAAUGAUCAACAGUAUUUAAUAAACAAAAGCAAAACUUUUUCGAACAAUGCUAAAGUACAAAAAGGAAACAGUUUAUUUGUGAAUAUCUCAAAACAAAAGUUGGUAUUAUCUGUAAAAAAAGACAUUGAAAAACAACUUCUAGAGACAAGCGUAGAAAGAUCGUUUGCUGUACCUGUGUCAUUAAGAAAGCGUAGCAAAUUAAGAUUACAUGGAGGUUUUGAGUCAAAAUCAAAUGCAAUACUUCGUACAAGUAUUAAUAGGCAAUACAUCGAGAAGGGUUUAACGAUUAAAAAAGAUCAUCUUGGUUCAAGAUUCGGUUACAGAUGGGAAAAAAAAAAGUGUUUACUUUAUCUUGAAAAUUUACCUUCCAAUCAAAAUAUAAAUUUUACCAGUCUAGCUAUUAAAUACAAUCUUCAUAAUAAGGAAGGGAAAAUACCUGGGAAUGCUGGUCAGGUCAUAAAGGAGCUUCUGAAAGAAAAUGGUGCUGAUGUAGCAAAAUUUAAUUUAAAGUUUAUUUCUACUUUUAAUCAAACUGAAAAUACAAACAAUUGUAAUUCCAAGCCUCGAAGGAGAAAAAGAAGGUUAAAUGUACCAGGCUACAAAAGUAUUUCUAUACCAAUGGAAGUUUCUAAUAAAGUACUUAAAGAUAAGUUAGAGCAAGAUAUUGAAAAAGGCAAAUAUAGAAUCGGAAAAUUAAUUGUUCCAAAAACUUUUACAAAAACAGUUUGUAAAAACAAUAGCUUAGUUACUGAAGAAUUUUUAGUUUCUGGCAGAAAAUUAAGUAUUGAUGAUAUCAGAGCAGAUAUGUAUGAGAACCAUAAGGCUUUUAUGAGAUUAACGACUGAUCAAGAGUAUUUAGCCUUAAGCAGGGAAACAAUAAUUGACGGUUUGAAAAGAAUCGAUGAGUUCAAUGAUGACUAUGAGAAUAGAAGUGUUUUGCAUUUAAGAGAAACAUUUAAAAAAUUUGAGCGUACCAGACAUUUGAUGUUUUGGCAUGAUGGAUCUUCACUAUCCAACCAUGGUCAUAUAUUAAUGUUGAUAUCAGUAAUGUAUGACAAAGCAAUUUUUUUCAAUAAUGAUGAGUACUACGAAAAGUAUGGAGUAAAAAUCAAUAUUCAAGCAAUAGUAGAAAAACCUUUUUUAUAUAUACUCGCACGGUGUCCUUCAAAUGACGAACAACUCGAAUACACAAAUUUGCGAAUUGAAGAUAUAAUUUCACUAAAAUAUCCCAUAAUAGUAAAUAAUAACAUAGAAAUUUUUGACGUUUUAAGAAUCUUUAAAGGUGACCAUCCAGCUUCACAAUUUGAAUCUGGACAAAAUAAAGGCGACAAUUUUCCAUGCCAUGGAUGUAGCCUUUUUGCUCCAAAAGCUAAAAGUUAUUCAUACUCACUUCAAUGUAAAACAUUGAGUUUAAAACAAAGAGUUGAAAAAAUAUUUCAAACAAACUUAUCAAAAGAUAACUUUAAACAUGGGAAGAUCUAUUUAUAUAAAAAUUUAUCUAAAAGUGACAUUAUCAGUGAACUUCUUGGAAGAAAUUUACAAUUUAAAGUAAACUCAAAUAAAAAAAAUCUAAAAAGCAUCCUUGAUGAAGAACUGCAUGGGAUUCAACGUCUUCCAGCUUUGAUGUGUACCAAAUCAUUUGAUUGUUUUGAUAGCUUGAACUUAGCUGAGUAUUAAAUAUUGGUUAAUGAGCCAUUACAUGAUGUUUCUAAUCAUAUAAAAAAUCUACAGAAAGAAAUUCCAUUUCAUUUAGAAAAGAGGUUAAAACCAAUUGUUCAGCAAAUAAUUUCUGAUUCAUUUGAUUCUGAGCUUAAAAACUCAGGUGAUCACCGGAAGAGUUUGCUAGUUAUAACUAAAUGGUUUCAGGAGCAUCAACCGUUUCACUUUAUUUGCACACUUCUUACACAGUUAUCUGAAAUACAGGAAAUACUUUACCUAGGCGAUGAUUUCAGAAAACCUAUUGUUAUACUGAGAUUACUAAUUACAACCUUUUUACAUUCAAUUUUUACAAACAUAUACUUAGAAGGAAAAAUCAGCUCAAUGAGCGAAAGAAAGUAUUUUGGUAUUUAUUAUCAUAGUUUAAUUAGACAUUCCGGAGAACAAUUCAGAUUAUUUUCAGGACGUUCAUGCAAUUCUGAAAAAGAAGAAGCCUUUUUCCAUCCUCUUAAAGAGUUUACAAAUCUCACUUCAAAUCGUAAUCCAGACAAUAUUAUUCUUAAUAAUAUAAUAAGAAUACAAUCUAAAAAACUUCUGAACAAUGAAGAAAAUAACUCACAAUUAAAAGAAUCUAAACUCUAUCAUUUGUAUUCUUCUAUUAAGCAAUCGUAUAAAAAUCAUGUAAUUCAUUUUACUAUAAUAGAGCAAUACCCGUGGGAAUACCAAUCAAUGCUUGAGAACAUAGCAGAUUAUUUAGUAGAAGGAAAAUGGUGGAGUGAAACAAACAAUGGUGUUGUGUUUUUUGAUUUAGAGAACGACUCAUUAAAAAAAUUAACCCAUUUCCGAUCUACUUCAAUCACGAAAAAUAAUAAACAUAUUGCAUCAUGUUGGAUCAAAUGCCUUGAAGAUCUUUAUAAAAUACCUGCAUUAAAAAUCAUGAUAAACGGAAAUAUAGUUAAACUUGGUAAUUUGAAAUACUCGAACCAUGUUAGUUUAGAGAGAAUAGAAAGCUCUACAGAAAUUCCGAUUGAAAUAAUUAAAGAUUAAUUAAUUUUUUGAAUAUAUUUGUUAUUUACGUCUUUAUUCUUAAA